AUGUCAUCAUCAGCAGCACAAAUAUAUUAUAGCGAUAAAUACGAAGAUGAGGAGUAUGAAUAUCGGUGGUCAUGUUAUGCUGCCAAAAGACCUAGCUCGUUUGGUUCCAAAAAGUCAUCUGAUGUCGGAGAAUGAGUGGAGAGCAAUUGGUGUUCAACAGUCGCGUGGAUGGGUACACUAUAUGAUGCAUCAUCCUGAACCUCACAUCUUGCUCUUUCGACGAAAACUUAACAAAUAAGUAAUUCGCAUUGUACAAUUAUUAAUCUCUCGUUAUUAUGUGCCUCAAUCGAACAAAAAACAAAAACAAAAAAAUACUUUAUCUUUUGAAUAAUACUAUAAAGUAAUUCUCUUCAAUGAUAUGAUAGAUU